CCCACCACACCCUCCCUACCUCACUCUCUCUCCCUGUUUGUUACUUCUAUCCUUCCCUGCAUGCUUCAACUUAUCUCAGCAUUCUCUGUCCAGGCCAACCAACAGACAGGGUAAAUAAUGUCAACACUCAUUUACCCUCAGUGACAGGUUUAACAACAUGAGUCUGAGACUGGAGUCGAGCGGCACAGCAAGUCUGUACCACUAAGCUGCGGGGCGGCCCUCGUGGCCGGGAUGCCACUGUGUGCCGUGCCAGUCCACAGUGGACGGUGAGGGGCAGGAGGAGGGGACUGAGUGCCGAAGACUGAGAGGAGGCAGCCCGCACCAAACAGGAGACAUGAACCUCUGCUGGAACGAGAUCAAGCGCAAGUCUCAUAACAUCCGGGUGCGGCUUGAAGCGUUCUCCUGACAACAGCGGGAAGCUGCAGCUCUCUCUACAGGAGAUCAUAGAAUGGCUGACAGCCAAGGAUGAAGAGCUGUCGGAGCAGCUGCCCAUAGGAGGCGACGUGGGGGCCGUUCAGCACCAGAGGGAGUUCCACCAGGCAUUCAUGGAGGAUGUCAAGUCUCGCGGGCCGUUCAUCUACUCAGUGUUGGAGUCUGCCCAGGCCUUUCUGGCUCAGCACCCCUUCCAGGAGCCAGAGGAGACCCUGACCGACGGAAAAGAGGUGUCUCCUCGCCGGCGGAUCUUGAAUGUGAGCCGUUCAGUAUGGAAGCAGGCAAACGUGGCCAGCGACCUAUGGGAGAAGCUGACGGCGCGCUGUGUGGAUCGCCAUAGACACAUGGAGAGGACGUUAGAGCGUCUACUUCAGAUCCAGGCAGCAAUGGAGGAGCUAGCAGUGGCCCUGGAGCAGGCAGAGGGGGUGAGAGACGCCUGGGAGCCUGUGGGAGACCUCUUCAUCGACUCUCUGCAGGACCACAUAGACGCUACCAAGUUAUUUAAGGAGGAGCUGACCCAGGUGAAGGAGGGCAUGAAGCACAUCAAUGAUCUGGCCCACCAGCUGGCGAUCUCCGAUGUCCACUUGUCGAUGGAGAACGCCCGCGCCCUGGAGCAUCUCAAUAGCAGAUGGAAAGUGCUUCAGGGGUCCAUAGAGGAGCGGCUGAAGCAGCUCCAGGAUGCACAUAGAGACUUUGGCCCCGGAUCGCAGCACUUCCUUUCCAGCUCAGUGCAGAUACCAUGGGAGCGUGCCAUCUCGCCAAACAAAGUGCCCUACUACAUCAACCAUCAGGCCCAGACAACAUGCUGGGACCAUCCAAAGAUGACAGAACUGUACCAAGCGCUGGCGGAUCUAAACAACAUCAAGUUCUCAGCAUACAGAACAGCCAUGAAGCUGCGGCGGGUUCAGAAGGCUCUGAGAUUGGAUUUGGUAGCGUUGAGCAGCCUUGUGGAGGUGUUUCGGGAGCAGGAGCUGCAGCAGGGGGAACACGUGAUGGAUGUCGUGGAGGUGAUUCACGGUCUGACGGCUCUGUAUGAGCGACUGGAGGAAGAGAGGUCCUUCCUGGUCAACAUUCCACUUUGCGUUGACAUGUGUCUUAACUGGCUGCUCAACGUCUAUGACAGUGCUCGAAAUGGCAAAAUGCGAGUCCUGAGCUUCAAGAUGGGACUGGUGAGCCUGUGCAAUGCAGACGUCCAGGAGAAGUACAAAUACUUAUUCCGUCAGGUGUCUGGCCCCGGAGGUUUGACAGACCAGCGUCACCUCAGCCUUCUGCUCCAUGAAGCCAUCCAGAUCCCCCGCCAGUUGGGUGAAGUCGCCGCUUUCGGAGGCAGCAACGUGGAGCCGAGUGUUCGUAGCUGCUUCCGCAUGGCCCCAGGGAAACCUGCCAUUGAGGUGUCUCACUUCCUGGAGUGGAUGAGCCUCGAGCCCCAGUCGAUGGUUUGGCUGCCAGUCCUCCACCGCGUGGCUGCUGCAGAGUCCACCAAGCAUCAAGCCAAGUGCUACGUCUGCAAACAAUGUCCCAUCAAGGGCUUCAGGUAUCGCAGUCUGAAGCAGUUCAAUGUGGACAUCUGUCAGACAUGUUUUCUAACCGGCCGCACUACCAAGGGAAAGAAGCUGCACUACCCCAUCAUGGAAUACUACACCCCAACGACCUCGGGGGAGAAGAUGAGGGACUUUGCCAAGACUCUGAAGAAUAAGUUCAGGUCGAAGCAGUACUUCACCAAACACCCUCAGAGAGGUUACCUGCCAGUGCAAUCUGUGCUGGAAGCUGAGAGCUCGGAGACGCCUUGCUCCUCACCCAAGCUGCCCCACGCUGACACACACAGCAGGAUUGAACAUUAUGCCAGCAGAUUGGCGGAAAUGGAGAGCCAGAAUUGUUCAUUCUUCACGGACAGCCUGUCUCCUGAUGAAAGUCUGGAUGAAGAUCAGUACCUCCUGCGUCACUCCAGCCCAGCCCUGGACCAUGACUCACCCUGCGGACAGCACAUGCUGCUGGCUCACCUGGAGCACCAGGACAAGGAGCAGCUCCAGCGCACCCUGGCCCGCCUGGAGAACGAAAACAGGGUGCUGCAGGGCGAGUACAGACGGCUAAAGUGGAAGCAUGAAGAGGCGGCAUCAGUUCCCAUGCUGACUGAGGCUGGAGAAGGCGGCCCGGGUUCACCCACAGCGGGAGAGCAGCAGGAUGAGGAGCUCCUGGCCGAGGCACGAGUUCUCCGUCAACACAAGACGCGCCUGGAGACCCGCAUGCAGAUCCUGGAGGACCACAACAAACAGCUGGAGUCCCAGCUGCGCAGGCUCAGGGAGCUACUGCUACAGCCCAAAGAUGAUUCGGAGGCCAACGGAUCAGAACCGUCAACCCUGUCUUCUCCUGUGUCUGGAGGGGGUCACCACGGGGAGCCGGCCAGCAGAGAGACCACUGACACUGAAGCAGCAGGAGAUGACAUGGAGCACGAGCAGGACACGGUGCUGCAGCUCCAGGAAGUCAUCGAGCAGCUGAGAAACGUCUUCCCUUCAGAACCGGGCACCACCUCACACAUCUAACCCCAGAGUUGAGCCUGGAGCAGCAGAGUGAAAGCCUGAGAGGACACCUGAUGGCGAGCGGGUGGAGCUCCAUGAACGGCUGAGAUCCAGGCCGCAGGACACCGCCCCUCCCUCCCUGUGACCACCACAGCAGCUAUGAGACCCAGAGCUAACCCUCCACCGGAACUUGUGUGCACUAAAAGUCUUUUUUGUUCCAUGCAAACUGCUGAAGGCUCACAGCUGAUGUCCGUUUGACCAAGUUCGGAUAACUUCAGUGGCGCAGCCUGACUCCGUGUUAACGAGCCAAAGGAAACUAACGUUGGCAGCAGCAGCAGGUCAGGGAGAGACUUGAAGUAUAUAUAAAAAAAGGAAAAUGCCCAGCCAAGACACUGUGCUUACCAGUAUCUGUGUUGUCGUCCGGAGGUGUGAAGCUUUAUUUCAGUCCACAGCACAAAUUGGACCUUCCAUAAAAGGAAAAAAAAUGCAAGGAAAAAGAAGGAUAUCUCCUUGUUUUGUCAGAAUGCCUGUAUCUUCAGUGUGUUUCCCCCCUCCUUGAAUGUUAUCAUGGUUGUUAUUUCUGGUUUGUUUUUUAAGGUGGUGUGUUGAAGCUCGCUUGUGUAAACUAGAUCAGGGGCUGGGCUGACUGCAUUUCAUGUGGCUGCGUAGUGUAGAUUGUCAGGGAGUUGACAGCACCCACAACAAGCUUAUUUACUUUGUGAGAAUGACACAUCAUCAGUUAAAUCCAUGAUUUAUUUAAGACAGCCAAAGUGCCCGCUAGCGCAGCGCCUCUGUGUGCGCACACUGUGUUCCCCUAAUCCUCUCAAACUGCUUGUCGCGCUCAUCGCUCGCCUCUCCCUAAGUGAGCCCUUUACGCUCAUUCCCACUGUAUGCGCGCACGCACACAUGUAUGCUGCUACAUCCAUGCUCCCUAUUUAUAAUGCACCCUCCCCUCAUUGUGCUCAAACACACAAACCCUGCAUGAUCAAUAAUAGGCGCUGUGCUGCCUCACUAAAAGCGAGGACUGCGACGCGCACUUUCAUAAAAAUGGAGAUCCAUUUCAUCUCCUCAGCUCGCGGGGUUCAGACAAGCUCUCAGUUUUGAGCCAAUUUGUAUUGUAACUGAAAUUGGGUUUUGUUGAGGAAAUGUCUGCCGAUAAACAUCAGCAUGCAGGCGUCCGCCCUGGGAUCUUAGUACUCUCCUGCUGUGUGGAGAGAAAGAGAAAGAAGGGGCUCCAGGCAAUGUGCUGCCAGGCUCAAACUCUUUCUCUCACGCUAUAUUGUCAAGGCCAAUUCCAGACACUACAGGGGGGCACAAGACACACCACCACCACCACUACAGCGUGAGCCUUCCCUGGUUUAAUAAUCCCUCCUCUCCAUGUAGAUUUAAAAAGAACAGUAGCUAUUGACUAUACAUGCCUCAAUUUCCCAUGCUAAUGCAGACUUAAUUGCUUUUAGAUUUACAAAAAGAUGAGUGCUUGAAAUGGCUUUGCCCUCAUCAUAUCAGGGUCAUAGGGUGCAUUCUGUUCUAAACAUAGCACAGUCAUUUAAUGCCUUAAACCCACACUGAAUUCAUAUAAAACAAGUUUGUCUCUCUGGACUUUUUUUUUUUUUUAUCGUUGUGCUUUUACAUUCAGGGAAGGGAGGUUGCAUCAGGAGUGUGUGUUUGUGCAUCAGUGUCUGUCAGUCCCUGGACAGGCUGCUGGUUAAUUUCUAGUAACAGGAAAGAAGGGAAAAGUGAGGAUCACGGCAUGUGAGCAUCCAUAUGUUGAAGCCACUUAAAUAGGGCUUUUGUGAGCAAACCUGUGAAGCCAGGGAUGCUUGGGGGAGAUAUAGAUCUGAGAGAUGGAGGGGAAAAAGUGAGGGGGGCGACAAUCCAUUUAUUGCUCAAGGGCUGGUGAGAGAGAUCCAUUUUGAUGUGCCUGCUACAGCGAAAUCUCCACAAGCAGGACAAGAGGUUGCCUGAAACAAGUAAACUCUGGCUGUUUCUCAGCAGUCGUGCCGCCUCAUUCAUGCAGAAAAGAUCAGUUAAGAGUUCAUCCCAAACCUUAAAGCGACACUCUGACCUCACAUACAUGAACUUGAAACCCAUGUGCUGCUCUCUCAUUACAGGCUCUUCCCCUUUUGGCAAAUAAACCUUAAAUUUUGACACCAUCCUCCUCAGCACUCACCGCCUGUAAGUUUUGAUACCGUUGCCAGGGAACUGUUCCCAAGGAUGCAGUUCCACAGGUUUCUAAGAUGGAAAAAAGGUGAUGUGCCGUUUGUAAGACAAAUGCUAAUAGCCUUAAGGGAAGCAAGAGAGAGCGUCUUGUUUCCCAAAUGCAACCCUCCUCCUCAUCACUUCCACCUCCACUGACGCCUGCCACUGUCAAGCUGCUGAAAAUAGUCAUUAUCAUUUGUUGAAUCCAUCUCUGCAGCAGCACUGCUUAACAAUUUGUUUUGUUAAAGCUCUCACAAGUCAGAACAAACAGCAGCGGCUCAGCUUGUGGAAGAGAAAUUUAAAAAAAGCCAGGACAAGCUAUAUUUAUUCAUAGACAUUUAUUUAUUGGUAUUCACACAUCUCAUUACACAUUAAUGAUCACCCAGCGCCCUCACACUCUUAUCUCCAUACUUCUCUAUGUUGGUACACAAAAUGAUGUAACCAUGACAGCGCAUGAAAAAAAGAGUAUUCCCCCAGAGCCGUAUGUCAACAUUUGUUGUUUUUAUUUUUCUAGGAGGCAGAAUGAAAUAAACACUCUUACCAGGUGGUUUAAUGGCAGUGAGUCGCAUUAUCAUACACAGUCUGUCCCCUGUGUGUCACUCUGCUGCUGUUUGACACCGGCGUCUGAACUCGACUUUCAUGGUCAUCCAGCUGCAGAGGAGUCACAGGGCGAGACUCAUCUCUGUCUGACUGUGUGAUCAUCUGAGGUCUGAUCCAUGUACACACUUUAACGCGCUAACACACACACGCACACACCCUGCUCCCUGUGGCGUGACUGAAGCUGUGUGAUUGAAGAAAAAAAGGCUCUCGGCAGAGGCAAGAGUCACUCAGCGAUCGUUCUCCACUCCCUUGUGUUACUGCAUGUAGUCGACCCACGCGCUAACACACCCUAUCACUAACUCUCCUGCCUUUAAUGUCUGACCCUCCCCUCCUGUCUUUAUUGCUAUCUGAGCUUCUGACAAGGACGCGUGUGCUUGUAUGUCACCUCACACAUGACAGGGCAAAAUCACCUAACCUCAAACAAGGAGUUGAGAACACUAACACAUCCACACACUCAUCCAUUACUGGUGAACUGAGGUGUUUUUUUUUCUGUUUAAAAUCACCAUUAAUAUACCUCAUUAAUCAUUCAAAUGUUUUAUUAUUUGUUUUAUUAUUUGAUUAUAUGAUUUUUAUUGUUAUUGUCCAGCACUCAAACACUUCUUGCUGUCUUUUCUCUGGAGUUUUUAAUCUGUAUAAAAAGUUUUCUGAAGAAAGGCUUUUUACUGUAAUAACAAGUGGGUUACUGGCUGCUUUCUACUCUUUGUGUACAGAAAUAAAAACUUUGUAUUUGGCAAACUC